GAGGGGAGAGGAGGUCAUGAAACUUAGGUUAAGAUAAACCAAAGCACCCGACGUGGAAGCAGUUCCCUCGUUCAGGAGAAAAAUAAAACGCAUUUUGAAAUUCGCUGACUGACAGAACUACAUCAAGGAAUGGCCUCUGCUAACACUUCCUGGUAUGAAGAGAACUUUUCAUGUUCCAUCUGUCUGGAUGUCUUCAGCAGCCCAGUUACCACACCGUGUGGACACAACUUCUGCAGAACCUGUAUUACUAAGUUCUGGGAUGAACAAGUCAAGUACAAAUGUCCCGUUUGCAACGAGCUUUUCAACACAAGACCUGAUUUACGGGUCAAUAUCCUCUUUUCAGAGAUGGUUGAUCGGUUUGGAACGUCCCUACGAGUAAAAGAGCAGCCUUGCGUUGAACCAGCAGAAGUUCCCUGUGACGUCUGUACUGGGACCCAGCUGAAGGCUGUGAAGUCCUGCCUAAUGUGUCUUACCUCUUACUGCCAAACCCACCUGGAGCCACAUCAGAGAGUCUCUGGCCUGAAGAAACAUCGGCUGGUCGAGCCUAUGGACCGUCUGGAAGACAGGAUGUGUAAGAAACACAACCGACUUCUGGAGCUCUUCUGCAAGACUGAACAGGUGUGUGUGUGUCUGUUGUGCACAGUGACGGACCACAAGUCCCAUCUUGUUAUUCCUCUGAAGGAGGAAUAUGAAGUGAAGACGGCCCAGCUGGGGAAGAUAGAGGCUGAAGUUAAGCAGUUGAUCCAGGAGAGACAAAAGAAUAUUCAGGAGAUUAAAGACACAGUUAAACGCAGCAAAGCAGACGCAGACAGAGAGAUAGCUGAUGGUGUGCAGGUCCUCACUGCUCUGAUGCGCCGAAUUGAAAAGUGCCGGGAUGAUCUCAACCAAAUGGUUAAAGAGAAACUGAAAUCCACAGAGAAACAAGCUGAAGACCUCAUCAAAGGGCUGGAACAGGAAAUAGAAGAUCUGACCAAUAGAAGCUCAGAGGUGAAGCAGCUCUCACACACUAAAGACCACCUCCACUUCCUCCAGGCCUUCAGAUCCCUGAAGGAUCCUCCACCCACCAGGGACUGGACCACGGUGGAGGUCCGUCCUCCGUCAUACGUAGGGACCUUGAGGAGAUCCCUGGAUCAGCUGGAGGAGACACUGAACAUGGAGAUGAAGAAGCUGUGUGAUGCUGAACUGAAGAGGGUCCAGCAGUAUGAAGUGGAUGUGACUCUGGAUCCUGAUACAGCUCAUCCCAGUCUCAUCCUGUCUGAGGAUGGGAAACAGGUACAUGAUGGAGGUGUAGAGAAGAGACUCCCAGACAACCCUAAGAGAUUUAAAUGGCGUAUGUUUGUUCUCACGAGGCAGAGCUUCUCCUCAGGGAGAUUUUACUUUGAGGUCCAGGUUAAAGACAAGACUCUAUGGUGGUUAGGAGUGGCCAGAGAGUCCAUCGACAGAAAAGGUCUGACAGAGUGGACCCCUGAGAACGGUUACUGGACUCUUCUCAACAACAAGGAUGUGUUGGUAUUUGGAGAUAACCCUUCUGUCCGCCCCCCUCUGAGAGCUGAGCUCCAGAAGGUGGGGGUGUUUGUUGAUUAUGAUGAGGGUCUGCUCUCCUUCUAUGAUGUGGAAGCCAGGGUUCAUCUCUACUCUGCUACUGGCUGCACCUUCAGUGAGCCUCUCUAUCCACUCCUCCACCCAGGUCCCCGUGUUUAUGAAGUUAACUCUGCCCCCCUCAUCAUCUCACCUGUCAAUCAAACACUCAUCCAGGAUUUGACCUGUCCUGGUCUCAGUGACCUGUCCCUACUGCUGUCCCCGGUCUCAGUGACCUGUCCGUACUGCUGUCCCGGUCUCAGUGACCUGUCCCCGGUCUCAGUGACCUGUCCCUACUGCUGUCCCGGUCUCAGUGACCUGUCCCUACUGCUGUCCCCGGUCUCAGUGACCUGUCCCUACUGCUGUCCCGGUCUCAGAAUGGCCUCUGCUAACACCUCCUGGCCUGAAGAGAACUUUUCAUGUUCCAUCUGUCUGGAUGUGUUCAGCAGCCCAGUUUCCACACCAUGUGGACACAACUUCUGCAGAACCUGUAUUACUAAGUUCUGGGAUGAACAAGUCAAGUACAAAUGUCCCAUUUGCAACGAGCUUUUCAACACAAGACCUGAUUUACGGGUCAAUAUCCUCUUUUCAGAGAUGGUUGAUCGGUUUGGAACGUCCGUACGGGUAAAAGAGCAGCCUUGUGUUGAACCAGGAGAAGUUCCCUGCGACGUCUGUACUGGGACCCAUCUGAAGGCCGUGAAGUCCUGCCUAAUGUGUCUUACCUCUUACUGCCAAACCCACCUGGAGCCACACCAUAGAGUCGCAGGCCUGAAGAAACAUCGGCUGGUCGAGCCUAUGGACCGUCUGGAAGACAGGAUGUGUAAGAAACACGACCGACUUCUGGAGCUCUUCUGCCAGACUGAACAGGUGUGUGUGUGUCGGUUCUGCACAGAGACGGACCACAAGUCCCAUCCUGUUAUACCUCUAAAGGAGGAAUAUGAAGUGAAGACGGCCCAGCUGGGGAAGAUAGAGGCUGAAGUUAAGCAGUUGAUCCAGGAGAGACAAAAGAAUAUUCAGGAGAUUAAAGACACAGUUAAACGCAUCAAAGCAGACGCAGACAGAGAGAUAGCUGAUGGUGUGCAGGUCCUCACUGCUCUGAUGCGCCGCAUUGAAAAGUGCCAGGAUGAUCUCAACCAAAUGGUUAAAGAGAAACUGAAAUCCACAGAGAAACAAGCUGAAGACCUCAUCAAAGAGCUGGAGCAGGAAAUAGAAGAUCUGACCAAUAGAAGCUCAGAGGUGAAGCGGCUCUCACACACUGAAGACCACCUCCACUUCCUCCAGGCCUUCAGAUCCCUGAAGGAUCCUCCACCCACCAGGGACUGGACCACGGUGGAGGUCCGUCCUCCGUCAUACGUAGGGACCUUGAGGAGAUCCCUGGAUCAGCUGGAGGAGACACUGAACAUGGAGAUGAAGAAGCUGCGUGAUGCUGAACUGAAGAGGUUCCAGCAGUAUGAAGUAGAUGUGACUCUGGAUCCUGAUACAGCUUAUCCCAGGUUCAUCCUGUCUGAGGAUGGGAAACAAGUACAUGAUGGAGGUGUAGAGAAGAGACUCCCAGACAACCCUAAGAGAUUUAAAUGGCGUAUUUUUGUUCUCACGAGGCAGAGCUUCUCCUCAGGGAGAUUUUACUUUGAGGUCCAGGUUAAAGACAAGACUGCAUGGUGGUUAGGAGUGGUCAGAGAGUCUAUCGACAGAAAAGUUCUGACAUGGGGGACCCCUGGGACGGGUUACUGGACUCUUUCCUACUACAAUGAUGGGUUGGUGUUUAAAGAUAACCCUUCUGUCUGUGUCCCUCUGAGAGCUGAGCUCCAGAAGGUGGGGGUGUUUGUUGAUUAUGAUGAGGGUCUGCUCUCCUUCUAUGAUGUGGAAGCCAGGGUUCAUCUCUACUCUGCUACUGGCUGCACCUUCACUGAGCCUCUCUAUCCAUUCCUCAGCCCAGGCCUCCGUGAUUAUCAAGGUAACAACUCUGCCCCCCUCAUCAUCUCACCUGUCAAUCAAACAGACUAGGACCUUUGUUUGGUAAUAAAAUAAUCAAACGACCAAAACAACUAAUGUUGUUUCCUGAAUUAGAAUCUCUACUAUGGGAGGUCUGAGAGAACUGUAUUCAUAUCUUACUUUUCACUGUCAUUUAACAAGGAAUAAUUCAUUAAGCCAGGAACACUGU